AUGUUUAGCAGCAACGCUGACUCACUCGGCUCUUCGGAGGCUUGUUCAUGGGUUAAAUCUCCAAGAUCUGCGGAAGACCCUCCUUUUGCAGUGAUUUCCACGUUGCACACCGUGGGACAGCUUGUGCUUGGUUGGUUGCGCCACAAGCACAAGCUAGUACAAAUACGCGCAGAGAAAGAGGCCAAGUGCACAGAGGCUGAAAGCCGAAGCAGGCAGCUUGAGCUACGGGCUAUGGACGCCGAGCUUUCAGCCCUGGAGGCCCACUCACAUGCUGAGCAACUUGCUCAGCAACUGAGAGAGGCCAAACAGCAGGCUGCAGAGUUUCAGCGGCGAGCUGUCGAGGCCGAGGAGCGCGCAGGUGACUGGAGGAAUUCCGGAUUUUCAAACCCAAGGGUUGAAUCUCUGAAUGGCCCACAAUCUCCGGUGCAAUCUGAAGGCUCCAGCUACUCCAGUAGUCCCAGCCCGAACGAAGCCCAAGUGUCUUUCGGAGAUGGAUGGGCUCACUUUCCCGACGGUCUCACAAAAAGGGCGUGA